AUGUUCAAAGUCAAUGCAGUGCUUUUCUUUGGGGAAUGCUGGUUCAGCCCUUUGGCAGACAUCAGCGCUUCGAGCUCUCCCUUGCACCAGAGCCCGUCUCAAGCUGACUUUCUUCGGACGUCGUUGCGCUGCCCAUCCUCUUGGGAGCCCCUCCUGUUGGAUCUGAAGGAUGCAGAUACCUUGCUGUCCCACGGAGAGGCACCGCAAGCGCGGCAGGUUCUCAGCCGGGCUGUGAGCCGCGCCCUAGAAGAGGAUCUCGAGCUCCUUGAGCCCGUCGAGCUCCGUUCACGUGCUUUUGUCCGAGCAGCGUCCCUCCGCCGUGCGCUGGAGGAGUGUGCUGUGGGGAUGGGCACCGCCUUUCGUCUUCUAGCCAUGUCGCACUAUGGAGACCCAAAAGUACGAGAUGCAGAGACCAAGGUUCAAGUCGCUGCUCUAGAGGUCGCGUUGCGAAUGCAGCACAUAGCUUCUGGAUGGCUCAUCUAUGCCUACAAUGUCGCCCAGCACCGGGACUCCUUCAUUGACGACUCUGCGUGGCCCAUACGUUCCCAGGAAUUCGGGGAUGAGCAUCGAUCAGUUGCCGCUACCCUGCGCGCUCUACGUGCCCAGCUGCCCCAGUCGCCGAGCAGGAGCACAGAAAUGGUGAAGCCUAGCAUCCGAGUUCAUGGAUUGUCGCUGUGCAUAGUCACAAUCUGCGACUAUCCAGAUGGCGUGCUGCUCCCGCGCCUUGCAGCAUCGGUCCAUGGAAUGUACGCUCAUCGGCACGGAUACGGCUACAUUCAUCAUCGACGUCCUCCUGCCUGGGGCAAGGUGGAAGCAUUGCGGGAGGCAAUGGGAGAUGAUCGCUGGGACUGGGUUGUCUGGAUUGAUUGCGACCUGUACUUCAUGGACUUGGAACGAACACUGGACUCACUUCUUCUAACGUAUGCUAGGGCAUCGGAGGAAGCCACGCCUCUAGCGAUCGACGACUCGGUGCACUUGCUGGUCACCGAAGAUGCGCAGUCCCUCAAUACGGCAAUUUUUCUGAUGAGACAGUCGGACUGGAACUCCUACCAUCCGAUUUCUUCUCGCCUGGUGGGUGAGACCUGGGCGCCAGGCAAGUUCGUGCUGUCCUUCAAUGGCGCGACUCGUUCUCAUGUGAAGUCCUUGUCGGGCCCCAACGUUGCAGACGUGCUUCACGUGACUGGGAUGGGCAUGGCUCGGUUCUGUUGGAUUUGCACAGGGCACCUGAGUGCGUUUCUUGCAUUUCAGGCGAACUAUUACGACUUGUUUUGCCAGCUGAACUCUGUGCAACGUCUAUGCAAAGACCUGGCCUUAGCAUGGCGUAUGUGGGACGUGCUGAGCGAUGACGCGGCAGCCGCUUCCAUGACUCCAUGGUUGGACCGGUUGGACCGUUGGACCGGAGGGGCCGACUCGCGGAAAACAGCCUGCGCACUUCCAGCUCUUCAGGACUACCUGGCGCUUUUCGCUUCGUACGAGGACCUCCUGCAGCUGGAGCCGGCGGAGUUUGUCCAAGCUAAGGCUGAUGCAGACAUCUCUACGGCAGAAGCAAAGAACUGCAUCCUGGAGCAAGUGCAGAAGGAGCACGAGAUCCUGGAGUCCAUCCCGGAGUCCAUUGUGGUCGGUCUUUUCGAGGUGUCCUGCAACGAGAUUCGGAAGACGCUUGCUGGCAAGCACCGGAAGAUCCAAGAGCUGCUGCUGGACAUGAUGAUGACCAAGUUCAGGGAUGGAACACAGGAGAUUACAGACGCCUACGCUGGGGUGUUUUCGCAGCUGCGCAAGUCGCCGAAGGACAUCGAAGAAGUGACGGCCAUGCGGGAGUACAUUGCAACAAUCCCUGCCGAAAUCCUGAAGAUGGCCCCAGACACGAAGAGGUGCCUGGACACGUACGGCGUCCUUGAAGAGUUCGGUGUACAGCUCACCGCUGAUGACUUCUACCAACGUUGGCGUGUCUUUGGCUGCCCGAAGUCUACAUAUGACCUGGUGGCCAAAGUCGAGGAAGACAUUCGAGAGUUGGAGGCAUCCUUUGCUGCAGCCCAGCAGCAAGAGCAGUCGGACUUUGAUGAUAUGAUCGUGGACAUGGCAAACACCAUUGAGAAUUUCGCUCAGUACAAUGACUUCGAGAAGCUCGACGAGAUCUACGAGAAUGUGGAGAGCGUCAAUGAGCGGUUGAAAUCUGCCGCGACCCAAGCCAAGCUUUUCAACUCGCGCGAGCUUCUCUUUGGGAAAGAGGCCACUGACUACGGCAUGAUCGCACAACUAACCAAAGAGUGGGAGCCGUUCUCGCAGCUCUGGGUCACUGCCUACAAUUGGACAUAUGACUCGAAGAAGUGGCUGACAGGUCCCUUCCAGGCGGUGGAUGCCAAGUCGUGCGAGUCCAGCGUUAUGGCCGGUACGAAGACGCUCUUCAAGGCCGUGCGAGCCUUUGAAAAGCGCGAAGGCUGUGACGAGGUCUUGGGGAUUGCGCGUCACAUCAAGGAAGCGAUCGAUGCCUUCGUUCCCAAAGUUCCAAUUGUGGUCGGCCUCCGGAAUCCUGGCAUGGCCGAACGCCACUGGCAGCAGGUGUCCAACCUCGUCGGCAGCGAAGUCAAUCCAAGCAUGGAGAACUUCACCCUGGAGAAGUUUGAGGAGCUGGGCAUGGUCGAGCAUGCUGCGGCCAUUGCGGACAUCGGCGAUCGUGCUGGCAAGGAGCAGAACAUUGAGAACCAGCUGAAAAACAUGCAGGCGGCCUGGGAUAAGGUCUUCUUCGACUGCAGUGAGCCGUAUCGGACGACAGGAACCUACAUCCUCAAGGGGGCUGACGAGGUCAUGGCUGUCCUGGAUGAGCAGAUCGUGGUGACACAGGCUAUGCAGUUUUCCCCUUUCAACAAGCCGUUCAAGGAGGACAUUGACGAGUGGAACGACAAGCUGAUGUAUGUGUCAGAGUGCUUGGAUCAGUGGCUGAAAGUGCAACGUGCCUGGAUGUACCUGCAGCCUAUCUUUGAUUCGCCUGACAUCAUGAAGCAGCUGCCAACAGAGGGCAAGAAGUUCAAAGUUGUGGACGGAAAGUGGCGGCAGACAAUGAGCCGGGUUCACAGCAAUGGCCACGCCUUGACCCAGUGCACACAGGAAGGCCUGCUCACGCAGUGGCAGACAGUGAACCGAGACUUGGACAUCGUCCAGAAGGGCUUGGACGACUAUCUUGCCACAAAGUGUGCAGCCUUUGCACGCUUCUAUUUCCUGUCCAACGAUGAGCUGCUGGAGAUUCUGUCCCAGACCAAGGACCCAUUGAGAGUGCAGCCCUUCCUCUCCAAAGUCUUCGAGGCGAUGAAGAAGCUCACUUUCACAGAUCAGCUCGUCGCGACCCAAAUGCACUCCAAGGAGGGAGAGAUCAUUGACUUCGUCAACCCAGUGGUGACAAAAGACAAGAAUGUCGAGACGUGGAUGACUGAAGUGGAGAAUGAGAUGAUCGCGGGAGUGCGGAAUGUGUGUCGCAUUGGCGUCGAGUCAUACCCGGAGAUGCCACGGACGGAAUGGGUCUUGCAGAAUCCAGGACAGGUUUGCUUGAACUCCAGCCAGGUGCACUGGACGGCAGAGGUGGAGGAAGCAAUCAAAGGCGGGACGGUUGCAGAGUACUUCACGCGGUUGAGCGAACAAUUGCUGGACUUGGUACGGCUCGUUCGCGGUGACAUCACGAAGCUGCAGAGGAUGAGCAUUGGCGCACUAGUGGUCAUUGACGUGCACGCGAAGGACACAGUGGAAAAGCUUGCAAAGGAGAAGAUUGACGAUUGCAUGUCCUUCGAGUGGAUUUCACAGCUGCGCUAUUACUGGGAGAUGGACGAUCGCAACUCCGAGAAUAUGUGGGUCCGCAUGGUGCAGACGCCAUUUCCUUAUGGCUACGAGUACUUGGGAAACUCCUUCCGGCUGGUGAUCACUCCCCUCACCGACAUGUGCUACAUGACUUUAAUGGGCGCCCAGAGCCUGAAUUUGGGAGGUGCCCCUGCAGGACCUGCCGGAACUGGCAAGACGGAGACAACAAAGGAUCUAGCGAAAGCAUUGGCCAAACAGUGUGUCGUCUUCAACUGCUCCCCCGAAAUGGAUUACCUCAUGGUUGGCAAGUUCUUCAAGGGCUUGGCAUCCAGCGGUGCCUGGUGCUGCUUCGACGAGUUCAACCGCAUCUAUAUCGAGGUGCUGAGCGUCAUUGCACAACAGCUCCUUCAGCUUUUCAGUGCAAAGCGAGAGCUAACCUCCUACAAUGACUCUGUUGAGCUGGAGUUUGACUCCACUUUGAUCAUGAUGCGCCCCACGUUCAAUGUCUUCAUCACCAUGAACCCCGGAUAUGCAGGGCGAAGUGAGCUUCCCGACAACUUGGCGGCCUUGUUUCGCCCGAUGGCCAUGAUGGUUCCUGACUAUGCCAUGAUCGGUGAAAUCAGCUUCUAUGCUUUUGGCUUCGAGAAGGGGCGACAUUUGGCCAAGAAGAUGGUCACAACGUUCCAACUCUGCAGCGAGCAGCUUUCAGCACAAAGCCACUACGACUAUGGCAUGCGAGCCGUCAAAACUGUCAUUGAAGCUGCUGGCCUGAACAAGCGGAAGUAUCCAGACCAGAGCGAAGGCCAAAUCCUUCUCCGAGCGCUGCAAGACGUCAAUGUGCCCAAAUUCUUGAAAGAUGACCUGCCUCUAUUCUACAACAUCAUCUCAGAUCUUUUCCCAGGUGUGGAAAAGCCUGCAAUUGAUUACGGGAAGCUUGACGAGAUGGCCAGGGAGAAGUCCAAGCAGACCAACUUGCAGCCCACCGACUACUUCAUCAAGAAGCAGUUUGAGCUCUUUGACAUGAUCCAGGUUCGACAUGGCAUGAUGCUGGUUGGGCCAACCGGUGGUGGCAAGACUUGCUGCUAUCGCACACUGCAGGCAGCUUGCACAGCUUUGGUUGAUCCGAAGGAUGGGGAGUCCCCUUUCCAGAAGACGCACGUGCACGUGCUCAACCCCAAGGCAAUUACGCAGAACCAGCUCUAUGGGGCAUUUGACGAGGUGACCCGAGAGUGGUCAGACGGAGUGGCUGCGGAGCUUAUCCGCAACGCCACGCGCGACAACCACAAUCCGGACCAUCACUGGGUUAUGUUUGACGGGCCUGUGGAUGCCUUGUGGAUCGAGAGCAUGAACACUGUCUUGGACGACAACAAGAAGCUCUGCCUUGUAAGCGGCGAAAUUAUUGCAUUGACCGCCAAAAUGCGGAUGCAGUUCGAGGUGGAGGAUCUGGAAGUGGCAUCGCCAGCAACCGUGUCUCGCUGUGGGAUGAUCUACAUGGAGCCCGAAAGUCUCGGCUAUCAGCCUUUCUUCGAUUCAUGGCUCGAGGCCUUGCCUGAGACGUUUUCCUUCAAGCCAAUCCUCGCGCAGACACUGCGAAGGUUGCUUGAGGAAGUGGUGCCUCCUUGCAUUGCCUAUGUGAACAAGAAGACCGUGCGAUGUGUCACGACCACAGACAACAACUCAAUCCAGGCUUUGUUCAGGCUCAUGGAUUGCUAUUUCGUCAAUUUCCAGCCGACCGAGCUGAAGCCUGCGGCAUCGUUCAAAGAUGCCAUUGCAGAGCCGCUCGCCUGCAUUGGCUGCUAUUUCUCGCUUUGCUACCAAUUUCAGUUCCUGUAUCACGUGCCUAACUUGGUCCCGCUCUUCUUCUUCUGCCUGAUCUGGUCCAUCGGAGCCACAUGCGAUGCCAAGAGCCGCAAGGGCUUCAGCGACUUGGUCGGUGGCCUACAAUGGCUGGCUGUCUGGGCCACUGUGAGUGAAGACUUGCGGCCACCGGUCCUCGAGGAGCUGGAGAAAGCUUUCCUCUCCGCUCCGCCAGUGCAGCCAGACGCACAGUUGCCUGGCAUCGAGCCGGGUGACAUGCUUUACGAUUACUUCUUCGACCAGGAAAAGAGGGAGUUCGUACCUUGGAUGACCACUAUCCCCAAGUUCGAGGUCCCUCGUGGAGCCAAGUACGAAGAGAUUGUGGUACCUUCUGUCGACUCGGUUCGUUUGGUCUACCUUUUCCAACUCCUGGUGCUCAACGACAAGCAUGUUCUUUGUCCUGGGCCCACUGGCACCGGAAAGAGUGUCAACAUCUCGCUGUGGCUUCAGAAGCAGGCGCCCGAAAAUUAUCAAGGUGUCUUCAUUAACUUCUCAGCCCAAACGCAUGUAAACCAGCUGCAAGACCUGAUCGACUCAAAGCUCGAAAAGCGGCGACGUGGCGUGUACGGCCCUCCUGCAGGGAAGAAGAUGGUUGGUGCUGUUCAUCGAUGCCAGUGCCCCGGCAUGCCGUGCGAGGGCACCAGCAAAACGGCGAUGUUGGCUGAGUCUUGCCGUGGUGUGGAGUGGCGUGUGAAGGAGUAUUACGGUGCACAGCCCCCGAUCGAGCUCAUCCGGCAGUGGCAUGAUCAUGGAGGUUGGUACAACCGCAAGGAGCUGGUCAAGCACAGGUUCAACAUCAUCGAUGUUGUCAUGGUUUCGGCCAUGGGACCUCCGGGAGGUGGACGAACAUUCAUUACUGAGCGAUUGAAGCGACACUACAGCACGACGGCGUACUCUGACCUGUCGGAUGUCUCCAUCAAGCACAUCUUCGAUGUGAUUUCGAAGUAUUUUUUCGCAGUCUAUGAUGAAAGUGUGCAGAAGCUUGUCCCGACCAUGAUCGGGUGCACCAUCGGAGUGUUCAAGCAGGCGCUGAACGACCUGCUACCAACGCCCGCGAAGUCUCACUACCUCUUCAACCUGCGCGACAUCUGGAAGGUUUUCCUGGGCCUCUGCAGCCUCAGCCAAAAGAAGUCGAACAACCCCCUGACCGUGACUCGGUGCUGGGCUCAUGAGAUCCAGCGAGUUUUCGGCGACCGACUCACCGACAAUCAAGACCUGCAGUGGAUGAAAACGCAGGUUGAGACUGCAGUGGGCCAGGAUCUGGGGCAGAAGCUCGAAGACGUCUUCAACAAGGAGCGCCUCAUCUUUGCUUCUUUCCUUACGCAGGAGGUAGAGAAUCGAACAUACGACGAGAUCACGGACAUGCAGGCCAUGAAGCAGGCAAUUGAGGAAUAUCUGGAAGACUACAACCAGGUUUUCUCGAUCACGAUGCCCUUGGUGAUGUUUCUGGAUGCCUGCGAACACUGCGCACGCAUUUGCCGUGUCUUGAGCCAGCCCAACGGAAACGUCUUGUUGUUGGGGGUUGGUGGGAGUGGCAGGCAGAGCCUUACUCGCCUGUCUGCUUACAUGAACGAGGCCGACUGCUUCCAGAUUGAAGUGGCAAAAGGCUACGGGAUGACGGAGUUCAAAGAUGACGUCAAGAAGUGUCUCAUGAAAUGUGGUGUGGAGGACAAGGUGCAGAUCUUCUUGUUCUGCGACACACAGAUUGUCAAGGAGGAUUUCGUGGAGGCCAUCAACAAUGUCCUGAACAGCGGUGAUGUGCCAAACCUUUAUGCCAAUGAAGACUUCGAAGCCAUCUCCUCUUCCUGUCGGCAGCUAUGUCAGUCCAUGGGCAUGCAGCCCACGAAGGCAAACCUCUUCAGCGCCUAUUUAAGUCGGGUGAAGAAGAAUGUCCAUGUCACUCUGGCUUUCUCUCCCGUGGGCGACAGCUUCAGGAACCGCUUACGAAGCUUCCCAUCGCUGGUCAACUGCUGCACCAUUGAUUGGUUCCAUGAGUGGCCAGCCGAAGCCCUCUACUCUGUGGCCAAGCAGCAGAUUGCUGGCCAAAGCGUGGAGUUGCCGAACCUCGAGGGCUCGCUCAAGAUGUUUCAGACGAUCCAUCAAAGUGUAGAGGCCUCUUCCAAGAGCUUCUUGAAAGCCACCAAUCGAUAUGUCUACGUCACGCCGACGUCUUUUCUGGAGUUGCUGAACAGCUUCGUCGGCAUUCUCGCGGACAAGCGCAAACAGGUCGGCACGCUACAGCACAGAUACAGUGUUGGCUUGGGCAAGAUCGGCGAUGCAGAGGAGCAGGUCGCAGGGCUACAGCAGAUGCUGGUCGAAAAGAAGCCUGUGCUGGAGAAGACGCAGAAGGAAGUGAGCGAGAUGAUGGUGGUGAUCACGAAGGACAAGGGCGAGGCAGAAGAAGUGAGCCAGGCUGUGGCCGCCGAGGAGGCCUCUGCAGCUGUCAAAGCAGAGGAGACACAAGCAAUCAAGGAUGAUGCUCAGCGAGACUUGGAUGAAGCGCUGCCUGCCCUGGACCAAGCGGUGGAGUGCUUGAGGAAGUUGAAGAAGGAGCACAUCCAGGAAGUGAAGGCACUUGCAAAUCCACCUGCAGGCGUCCGACUUGCAUGCGAAGGCGUGUGCAUCAUGUUUCAGCUGAAGCCUGUGAAGAAGCCGGACCCCAACAACCCAUCAAAGAAGAUUGAGGACUAUUGGGAAACGUCGCAGAAGCAGGUGCUCGUGGAUGCCAAGAAGCUCCUGGAAGACCUCAUGGAUUUUGACAAGGACAACAUCCCUGACAAGGUCAUUCAGACCAUCGGACCCUACAUUGACAGAGAAGACUUUGACCCCGCUGCCAUCAAAAAGGCAUCCAUCGCCUGUGAGGCCUUAUGCUUGUGGGUCCGAGCGAUGUACAAGUACCACUUUGUGGCCAAAGCUGUUGAGCCGAAGCGGCAGCUCUUGAAGCAGGCAGAGUCAGAACUGGCAGAAUGUCAGGAGAAGCUGGACGCCGCCCAGUCCAAGCUUCGACAAGUGCAGAACAAAAUUGCUGCGCUGGAGGCGGAUUUCAAUGCAGCAGUCGAGAAGCAAAAGGAGCUCCAAGACGACAUGAACCUCUGUGAGGUCAAGCUGCAGCGGGCGCACAAGUUGAUAGGCGGCCUGGGAGGGGAGAAAGCACGAUGGGGCCAGAAUGUCAAGGAUCUUAACGCGCAGCUUGGACUCCUGCCCGGCGAUUGCAUCGUGGCUGCCGGUAUGGUCUCCUACGCCGGACCGUUCACGUCGCAAGUCCGAAGCGACUGCGAAGAACUCUGGAGAAACGAGUUGGCCGAGCUGGAAAUGGCCCACACAAAAGGAUGCAGCAUGUCGACGGUGCUUGGAGAUCCAGUGAAGAUCCAGCAAUGGGUGGUAUGCUCCUUGCCCAAUGAUCAGCUCUCUGUCGAGAAUGGAAUCAUCAUCGACCGCGCGAGGCGCUGGCCCCUCAUGAUCGACCCACAGCGCCAGGCCAACAAGUACAUCAAGAACAUGGGCAAGGACACCGAAACCGGAAUCGAUGUUUGCAAGCUCAGUGAGAAAAACUUCUUGCGAACGUUGGAGCUUGGCAUCCAAUUUGGCAAGUGGAUCUUGCUCGAGAACAUUGGCAUCAACCUCGACCCCGCUUUGGAGCCCGUGCUCGGCCAGCAGAAGGUGAAGGAUGGCACUGGCUAUGUAAUCAAGCUCGGCGACAAGUCUGUCACAUAUACAGAGACCUUCAAGUUCUUCAUGACGACCACAUUGCCGAAUCCACACUACUCGCCAGAGACCUCCGUCAAGGUGACAUUGCUGAACUUUGCCAUCACGCCCAGUGGGCUGGAGGAUCAGAUGUUGGGGAUUGUGGUGGCGAAAGAGCGUCCUGACCUUGAAGAAGAGAAGAACAAUCUAGUGGUGCAGAACGCAAAGAACAACAAGAUCUUGAAAGACAUUGAGGAUGAUAUCCUCCGCCUCCUGGCUACGAGCGAGGGCGAUGUUUUGGAGGAUGACACUCUGGUUGACAAGGUGACAGAUUCGAAAGCCGUUUCAGAUGACAUCAACGAGAAGAAAAAGGUGGCAGAGGUGACGGAAAAGAACAUCGACGCGGCACGUGAGAGCUAUCGACCUGUGGCAUUCAGAACUGCAGUGCUUUUCUUCUGCAUCGUGGAGCUCACAAAUAUUGACCCCAUGUACCAGUACAGCCUGCAGUGGUUCCAGAAGCUUUUCACGAUUGCUAUCGACACAUCACCGAAAUCCGAGGACUUUGACGAGCGCCUGGGGAUAUUGAAGAGCUUCUUCACGGAGGCUUUGUACCAGUCAAUCUGCCGCGGCCUCUUCGAGAAGGAUAAGACCCUGUUUUCCUUCGCGCUUUGCACCAGCAUUCUGCGUGGUGACAAGCUCUUGGACGAUGCAGAGCUACGAUUCUUGCUGGUCGGCCCGACCGCAGAUCUGGUGGAGAAGGGGCCGCCGAUUCCAGACGAGUGGGUAGGCAAACCGCGGUGGAACGAAAUCCUGACAUUGUCAGGCCUUCCAGCAUUUGCGGGCUUCUCGGACUACUUUGCUUCGCACGUGUCGGACUUCAAGCGGCUGUAUGACUCCGUAGAAGCUGACAAAGAGCCUAUUCCUGGGGAGUGGGAUGCCAAGCUCACUCCUAUGCAGAAAAUGUGCUUCAUCAGGGCCAUGCGGACUGACUGCCUCAAGGCAUCGGUGAUCACGUUCAUCUCGCAACAGAUUGGGCACGCAUUUGUGGAGCCACCCACUUUUGACAUCAGCAAGUCCUUCGCCGACUCGGUGAACACGACGCCAUUGAUCUUCAUCCUGUCGCCAGGAACGGAUCCAGUCUCAGACGUCAUUGCCUUCGCUGACAAGCUGGGUAUGCUUAAGCGAUUUGAAUCGAUUUCCCUGGGGCAAGGACAAGGGCCCAAGGCCAUGAAGCUGAUUGAAAACGCACAGGGCAGUGGCGGCUGGGUUUUGCUGUCGAACUGCCACUUGAUGGAGUCUUGGAUGCCUACCUUGGAGGCUGUUGUGGAACAGUUCAACCCUGACAACAUGCAGACCAGUUUCCGCCUUUGGCUCACAUCCAUGCCGGCGAAAUCCUUCCCAGUUCAAGUGUUACAGAAUGGAGUCAAGAUGACCAAUGAGCCGCCCUCCGGGCUUCGGGCGAACCUGCUUCGCUCUUACUCUGCACUCUCGGACGAUCUCUUCAAGGAGUCUAACAAGCCGGAGAUCUUCAAGACGCUGCUCUUCGGAUUUUGCUUCUUCCAUGCUGUGGUCCAGGACAGGCGCAAGUUCGGGCCGAUUGGCUGGAACAUUGCCUACGGAUUCACGCCAGAAGAUCUUCAAGUAUGCAGGCAGCAGCUUAUGCUCUUUGUGAACCAGUACGAGCAAGUGCCAUACAAGGUGUUGAAUUUCCUCGGGGCGAAAAUCAACUACGGCGGCCGUGUCACGGAUGACAAAGACAAACUGUUGAUCUCGACGAUCCUUCAAACAUUCAUUUGUCCAGAGUCUGUGGGGCAGAGGGAUGGCUACAAGUAUUCAACAAGUGGACUCUACUACGCCCCGGCAGCAGAAACCAUGGAAGAGUUUGUCACUUACAUCAAAGGUUUGCCACUCUACCCCAUGCCCGAAGCCUUUGGCCUACACGAGAACUGCAACAUCACCUGCGCCCAAGACGAAGCCUUGAAGCUUCUGACAGGAAUGCAGAGCAUGGUCUCGUUAAGCUCUGGCGGUGGCGAUGGCGGCUCUGCAGACUCGGUCAUGGACGACACUGCAGCAUCGAUCCAGGAUCGGCUGCCGACGCCAUUUCCUUUGGAUGUCUGUGAGACGAAGUUUCCGACACUGUACGAGGAGUCCAUGAACACGGUGGUCAAACAAGAGUGCCUUCGAUACAACAAGUUGCUUUGGGCGAUGACGAGCUCUCUCAAAGACUUCCGCAAGGCUAUCAAAGGACUCAUCGUGAUGACAGCCGAGCUUGAAGCGGCAGGCAAGUCUUUGUUUGUCAACGAGGUUCCGGAGAUGUGGUCAAGUAAGGGCCCUCUGUCCCUGAAGCCACUGAGCAGCUGGUACCUGGACAUUCUUGCCCGCGUUGGGUUCUUCCAGAUGUGGUUCGAUCUGGGUCAUGCGCCGCCCGUCUUCUGGAUCAGUGGAAUCUUCUUCCCACAAGCAUUUUUCACAGGGGCCAUGCAAAACUUUGCCCGGAAAUAUGGGGAGGAGAUUGACCUUCUCUCUUUCAGCCAACAAACCAUGGAUCACAUCAGCGAUGCCCCGGCGCAGUUGACGAAACCUCCCGAUGAUGGAGUCUAUGUGUACGGCAUCUUCUUAGAAGGUGCGCGUUUCGACAACACGACCCAUCAACUGGAGGAGUCGCGGCCGAAGGAGCUGUUCACCGACCUGCCUCCGCUGCAGUUCCUGCCUGUGAAGAAUCGAGUUCCCGAUGUCGCAGACUACAGAUGCCCGUGCUACAAGGUGGUGUCGCGAAAGGGCACUCUUCUGACAACAGGCCACUCGACCAACUUCGUGCUGUAUAUCGAGGUGAAGACGGACCAGGUCGUGGACAAAUGGAUUAAGGCAGGUGUGGCUGCCUUCCUGGCACUGAAGUACUGA